AAAACCCUUUUUCUCUUCUCUGCCUUUACCUUCCCGCCUCUUUGUUAAGUCGUCUCCCUCCUCAUUCUCCUCAAUCCUCGUGCACUUAACAAAUAUCUUGAAAAAGGAUUUGUCUUUGACACACAAAGUGCGGAAAUGGGUCACUGAAAUGCGCGACAGGGAUGCAGAAGCUUUUACGGCGAAGCCCUUAUGGCCUUAUCCUCUGCACUACUGCCGCUAAACCUUCUCUUCCGUUUCUCUCCUUGCCCUUAACAAAUCUCUCUCUGGGCUUCAAUAGCAGUAAGGUCCUUCUCACAAUGCACACGGCGACUUUCCCUGGCGGUGGUUCGGCGCUCGCCGCUAAACUACCCGGAAAACCCUCUAUUUCUGCGCGGUUUUACGCCCCCACAUGCGGAAUUGAUCGAUGCUCCAUGGAUACUGGAACCCAUUUUCGGGCCUGGACGGGCCGUGUCUCUAUACGCCCCGCCUGGUGCCAUACGGGCGGUACGGAUGGCUUGGAUUCCACUGUGGAGGGUUCGAAGGGUUCUGGAGAAGAUUCCACCAGCCCGACUGAGAAAGGAGAAAAGGGUGAUGAAGAGAAGCCGAUUAGGCUGAGUAGGAAGCAUAAGGGUUCGAGUGGUUUGGUGGGGAAUCCUGACUUGUUGACGAUCCCAGGAGUGGGACCUAGGAAUUUGAGGAAGCUGGUGGAUAAUGGGAUUCAGGGUGUUGCCGAACUCAAGCAAUUAUACAAGGAUAAGUUCUUUGGGAAGGCCCAUCAGAUAAUGGUUGACUAUUUACAGACUUCUGUUGGAAUUAUCCACAGAAACCAUGCUGAGAGUAUAACAAGUUACAUCAAAGAGAGUGUUGAUGAAGAGCUGAAAGAUUCAAACUCAGAUGCAAAACCAAUCUCAAAAAAACGACUCACUUUCUGUGUUGAGGGAAAUAUCAGUGUUGGAAAGACAACAUUCCUUCAGAGGAUAGCAAAUGAAACCCUUGAGCUGCAGGAUCUUGUUGAGAUUGUUCCUGAACCUAUUAAGAAGUGGCAGGAUAUUGGACCUGACCAUUUCAAUAUAUUGGAUGCAUUCUAUGCGGAGCCACAAAGGUAUGCAUAUACCUUCCAGAAUUAUGUUUUUGUCACCAGGGUUAUGCAGGAGAAAGAGUCAUCUGGUGGAAUAAAGCCCCUCAGGUUGAUGGAAAGGAGUGUUUUCAGUGACAGGCUGGUCUUUGUACGUGCUGUUCAUGAAGCAAAUUGGAUGAAUGAGAUGGAGAUCAGCAUUUAUGACUCAUGGUUUGAUCCUGUUUUAUCAUGCUUGCCGGGGCUUGUUCCUGAUGGCUUUAUUUAUCUGAGGGCUAGUCCUGAUACUUGCCAUAAAAGAAUGCUGCUGCGGAAGAGAGCGGAAGAGGGUGGAGUGACACUAGACUAUCUCCGUGGUUUGCAUGAAAAGCAUGAGAGUUGGCUUUUCCCCUUCGAAAGUGGAAACCAUGGAGUGUUGUCUGUUCAAAAACUACCCCUUCAUAUGGAUAAUUCUCUACAUCCAGAUAUCAGAGACCGAGUAUUCUUCCUAGAGGGCAAUCACUUGCAUUCUAGCAUUCAAAAGGUUCCUGCUUUGGUUCUGGACUGUGAACCAAAUAUUGAUUUCAACAAAGAUAUUGAAGCAAAGAGACAAUAUGCACAACAAGUGGCCAAGUUCUUUGAGUUUGUGAAGAAAAAGAAGGAAGUCUCAUCCACAACAGCUGGUGAAGGAGGUCCGGCAAGAAAUCAAUCAGAGGUUUUACUUCCCCAACAAGGUGGAUUAUGGACACCAGAUGCGAGACAUUUCCCGGAAUCAGCCCUAAAAUCUUUAGAUUUCAGGCGAGCCAUGUCAUACUUAUCUGGCUAGACGGUGCCUGCUUCCCCUUUCCUAAUCCUAGGUUUAAUCAAGAUAUUAUCUGUUUUCUUUUGACGUGUCUCGGCGGUGAUAUGACCAUCUCCUGUAAAGUUCUUCUUUUAACCAUUAACCUUUAGGGAUGUAGAAAUAGAUGUAAACAUAUGUGGAAUGCUUGGAUGAUCUCACCUUUAACUCUUCUAAGUUAGCUUUAUGUGUUGAAGUGUUACCUGUAAUCUACUUGUUCGCUGAAUGAGUAAAUGGUUUGGGAUUGUAUUGCAUU